UGGGGCUACGGUAUAGGUGGAUGCUGGAGCCACCGCUCCAAAACACACAGAAACACACACACAGCUUCUUGCUUUCUCAAACACUGAUCUUGCAGCUUCAGCGUCGUCCACCGUCGGAAAGAAGGCAUGGCGGGCGCAUCCUCGUGGUCGUCGUCCUGCUCAUGCACGUCGUCGCUCGGCUCCUUGGAUGACGACGACGUGGUCUGCGUGGUGAAACCGGGUUCCCCCGGGGCGGCAGAGGGCAGCGUCAAGUUCCUGUGCAGCUACGGGGGUAUGAUCCUUCCACGCCACCCCGACGGCGCCCUCCGUUACGUCGGCGGCAACAACCGCGUCCUCUCCGUCGACCGCUCCCUCCAAUUUUACGAGCUGCAACGGAAGCUGAUGGACAUGUGCGGAUGCGAGGCGAUGAGCCUGCGGUGCCAGCUGCCGACGGAGGACCUGGACGCGCUCGUCUCCGUCACGACCAACGACGACCUCGGCCACCUGCUGGAGGAGUACGACGCCGCUAGCAGGGACCGGCUCCAGCCGCUCAAGAUAAGGGCGUUCCUGUUCCCAAGGUCCAAAACGCCGCCGCUCUCGCCGUCCACCCCGUCGUCCAGGCCAACACCGGCGUACGUCCGCCACCAGCACCACACGGCUCGCCCCCCUCCGGCUCGUGUGCAUUCGGGCCACCGGCGCCCGCACCAGCUCCUGCUCCUCCACAACGGCAGUCGGUUGCAAUAACAGCGGGAUUAGCAGCCGCGUGCUGGUGUAUUAGCUUGGCAGUCGUGAGAUCGUCCAUGAGGCGCUGUGCCGCUGUCACGGAUUUGUAAGCCCUGCUUUGCAUGUUUCAUAACCUAUACUCCCUCCGUUCCCAAAUAUUUGUCUUUCUAGGCAUUUCAAAUGAAAA